UGAUGAUGAUGAUGAUGAUAAUAAUAAUAAUAAUAAUAAUAAUAAUAAUAAUAAUAAUAAUAAUAAUAAAUAACAGCAAUAAUAAUAAUAAUAAUAAUAAUAAUAAUAAUAAUAAUAAUAAUAAUGAGAAGAAGAAGAAGCUGAAGGGGAGGCUAACCCUUUCUGAGCGGUCUUCCUCGUGGACGGCCUCUACCUCGUGCCAUGGCUGUACAACAAAGAAUAUUGCACGGCGAGAGAGAAGCUCAUAGAGAGAGAAAGAAGAGAGAGAAAGGAUUCCAAGACUAAACCUACUCAAUCUCAGUCUAAGCCUUCCCAAGCUUCUUCUGAACAAUCUGUUUCACCCAUUUCUGAAAAUGAGCCGUUAAUCCCAAAUCACUCAAUCCUGGCCGAUCAAGGGACUUCUCUCUAUGCUGGUUGGGUGUCUAUGAUAAUACUUUGUUUUGUGUAUUUUUUCAUUUCAAUUUCGGUUUCAUUAAGUAGAAUUUUAGAUUUAACUAUAUAACAAUUAGAGAAAUUACUUUUGUGUAUGGUUCUAAUGAUAAAAAUAUUAGAUUGGAGAUGUUUGCGCAGCUCAAGAAUGCAGCUAAGACAGUCAACAUACUUUGGAUUGUGUUAGGGGACUUUGAUUGUUUAGCUAACGUUAAUGAAAGAAAGGGGCAAGUGGGAGAUUUUAUAUGUGGAAAACAAGCAAAGUGAUGAAGCUUGGAAGGUGCAUUACCCUGGAGUUGAAACUGUUUUCUUUCCUGAGGGAAAUUUUGACCAUUCUCCUAUGAUUGUUCAAUUUUUCAAGCAAAUUCUAAGAACAGCUCAUUUCAAGUUCUGUAACUUCUGGGCUACUAAAAACACGUUCCUUAAUGUUGUCAAGGGUGUCUGGGCUACUGAUCUUACUGGAUAUAGAAGCUAUCAAGUAAAUGUUUGUUUAUAUCUGUUGAGGAAGGCAUUGAAGGAAAACUUCCACAAGUUUCCUAUCCAAGUUAGGCUUGAGGAGGCUGAAGGAAACUUACAAUGGCUCAGAAUUUCUUACAAGAGAACCCAAGAGACCCUGCUCUUACAGAUGAAGUGCAGGGUGCUCUCACUCUCAAAACAGCAAAGAAGGAUUAUGCUUCUUAUGUUCAGCAGAUCUCUAGAAUCAAAUGGCUCAAGUUUGGAGAUGAGAACACCAAAGUCUCAGACACACAACGCAUUAGAAAUUCAGCAAGCUUUUACUUCCUUUUAUUCUGACUUGCUAUGUCAUCUUAAGAGUGACAGGAAGAAAAUCAACAUGAAUAUUAUUCAUGCUGGCCUUAUUUUGUCUAAUGCUACGCGAUCUCAACUAGAUUUAUCAUUUAGUAAGCAGGAUAUUAAGAGGGCUAUGUGGAGUAUACCUGAUGACAAGGCCCCUGGCAUGGAUGGCUAUAAUAGUCGAUUCUAUAAAGCGGCUUGACCU